AUGUUACAAGGAGAAGCAAAUUUCGCUGAGAAGAGAUAAAUGAGAAGAGCAAAAACCAAUUUCGAGAAUGAAAUGGAUGACGGAAUGAAUGAAAAAAUGACCUGUUAUGAAAGCGUUUUAAAUUGUUUCGGAUCCUUUUUUGGAACUUUGAGAGCUUGGUUGCCAUGUUGUUGUUGUUUUUGUCCUUAUCCAUACUAUGAAAUAACCUAAGGGUAAAAGGGAUUGUUAUAAAAAUUUGGAAAAUACCAAAGAACUUUGGAGCCAGGACUACAUGAAUUCAAUCCAUUCACAGAUCGAAUAAUUCCUGUAAGCACAAAGACAUUCAUUAUCGACUUGGAAAGAUAACUUAUAUUAACUAAAGACAAUAUCACUGUCAAUAUUGACACUAUUGUGUAUUACAGAGUUGUUGAUGUGUGUAGAUCAGCCUAUAGAGUAAAGAAAAUUGUUGAAGCAGUUAAAGAAAUAACUUAUGCGACUCUAAGAACUGUUGCUGGUGAACACACACUAUAGGAUAUUAUUGAGAACAGAUAGAAGAUUGCUGAUGAAAUAGAAGGAUUCGUCUUUGAUGUUGUUUCAGAAUGGGGAAUCUAUUUAGAACAUGUUUUUAUUAAGGAUAUGUAAAUGGGCGAGGAAUUGCAAUCUUCCCUAUCCAAUGCUCCUAAAGCUUAAAGACUUGCUUAGUCAAAAAUCAUCUCCGCAAAAAGUGAUGUUGAAGCUGCUAAACUAAUGAGGGAGGCUGCUGAUAUGUUGGAUUCAAAAGCAGCCAUGUAGAUUAGAUAUUUUGAAACCAUCUAACUAAUUGCCAAAAAUAAAAAUCCAAAAAUAUUGUUCUUGUCUAUGGAUUAGACCUAGAAAAAAUGA